GUACGGUUUGUGUUUUCAAUUAUUCGAUUGUUUUGGAAUUUCGAAGCACAUUUUUUUUUCGUUUUUUGGUUGUCAAUUUCCAAUUUCGCAUUCAGUUUAUUUGUUGAUUUGUCAAAAUCAUUAUAAAAUAAAUGAAAAAAUGGAUAUUACAAAACGAAAUUUUGUCGAAAAUAUUGAACAAAUUGAUGAACAAAUUUCCGAUUGUGAUUUCGUUUCAAUUGAUUGUGAAUUUAGUGGUUUAUUUCAAAAUCAACGACGUAAUAAUGAAUUAGAUAAUUAUGAACAACUUUAUCUGAAUACACGAACGAAUAUAAAUCAAUUUCAAAUAUUUCAAUUUGGAUUAUCAUUGUUUAAAAAAUUACCCGAUGAUUAUAUUUAUGAUUGUUAUUCAUAUAAUUUUUAUAUUUUUCCAACCAAAUGUAUUUUUUUACCUGAAGAACAACGUGAACGAUGUUUUCUUUGUCAAUCAUCAUCGUUAACAUUUCUUGUUGAUAAUGGUUUUGAUUUUAACCGAAUGAUUCGUGAUGGUAUUACAUACAUUCCAUUGAAUCAAUUGACAACAGUUGAAACAAAAAUCAAUGCAAAAAUUCAAGAAAAUCAAUUGAAAACAAAUUUUAUUGAAAUUGAAAAAGAUGAAGAUAAAAAAUUCCUUGAAGAAUUGAAUGAAAAAUUAAAUAAAUUUAUGUCUAACGAUGAACAACAAGAAGAAAUAUUACCACAAUGUAAUUCAUAUUAUCGAAGAAUUAUUUAUGAAACUAUACAAAAAUCAUCAUUUAAAGAUUCGAUUCAAAUUUCCACCGGGAAACAAGAUAAUAAAGGUUCUUUGAUAUUGAAAAAAGGUACACCGAAACCAAAAGAUGAACAAGCAAAAUCAUUAUUAUUUGAUAAUAUUGGUUUUACAUUGAUUAUAAAAUCAUUGAUUAAACAUCAAAAACCAAUUAUUGGUCAUAGUUUAUUUUUUGAUUUAUUACAUAUUUAUAAUUUAUUUAUUGAACCAUUACCGGAAAAAUAUGAUGAAUUUAAAUUAUCAAUCAAAAGUUUGUUCAAUUCAAUAUAUGAUACGGCCUAUAUUUCAUUGAGUCCAAAAUUGAAAAAUUAUUUCCCACAAAAUGCAUUGAAAAAAGUAUUCGAAACGGUAAAAAAUGAACCAUUUUUAGGAACAAAAUUUUCAUUAAAAAAUUCAUCAAAUUUUGAUGAUGAUAAUCGUUAUCAUGAAGCUGGUUAUGAUUCAUUUAUAACUGGUUGUUGUUUUGUACAAAUGAUACGUUAUCUUUGUGAGCAGGAAAAUUUAGAAGAAGAAAAUCUACUUAACAAUAAGAUUUCGAAUGAAUUUCGAAACAAGAUUUCUAUAUUUGGAAAUUAUGAUAUAAAAUUCCUGAAUCUACAAGGCAAUGAUGAACCAUUAAAUCGUAAUCAUAUUUUUCAUUUAAAUUUUUCAAAAUCAUUUACACGUAAUGAUUUGAAUGGAAUAUUUUCGGAAUUUGGUGGUUUAUAUCGUAUUGUUUUUUUGGAUGAUGAAUCAGCAUUUUGUAUAAUGAAAGAUGAAAAUAAAAUUGGUGAUGCUAUUGAAGCAUUGAUUAUAAAUCCAAAAGGUUAUCGUUAUGCAUUUAAAAUUCAACAUUAUUCAGAAUUUAUCAAACAACAAAAAGCAAUCAACAAUCAUAAUAGAGAUAAUAGCAGUCCACAAAUGUCGAAACAAACACCGAAAUCAUCAGCUAAAUUGAAGCAACAUCAUACACCGACAACAACAACAACAACAACACCGGAACCGAUAAUCGAUGAAUGUUUAGUAAACAAAAAAAUCAAGUUGAAUACAACAUCAACGAAUAUUGUUGGUGGUGGUGAAAAAAAUAAUCAUUCAUCAUCACAAUUGGUUGAAAAAUUAUUUGAUGAUAAUAUGUCAUGGACGAAUGAUUGUCAUUGAUUUGAUUGUUUUGAAUCUUAAUC